AUGGAUCAUAAGUUGUGGUCUCUGCCGGUAAAACGGGUUCCAGCUGCAGAGAAGCUUGAUAGAUCAGUGAUAUGGAACAAUGCGCGCCUCUGCUAUGAGCAGAAAUUGUUUGGCCAGGUGACUUGUAUCAGGUACAACAAUGCCGGGACGACCGUCGGUUGCACGUCAACCAAUCAACUCACACUUUUACGGGUGCCGCAGACAGAGGGUGUGAUCACCAAUGAGCAGCGUGAAAAAAAGUGUUUUUCUCUUCGAUUUCGAGAUGAUGACAAAAUGGCUCUAUUCUCUUUUAACCAGCGCGUUGUUGUUAGGUCCACCCAAACUGCAUUUGAGCGGCAAUUUUUGGGCCAUUUUAGGGAAGUCAGGGACGCCAUAUUUCUGGAUCGGCAUAACUUUGUCUCGGGUAGCGACGACACAACUGUGAGGCUUUGGGACAUCAUGAACGAAAAUGCACUACUUGUUAGUAAGACGCAUACUGAUUAUGUUCGAUGCCUGGAGAAUUAUUCGUCAGGUUGCUUCUUUAGUGGUUCUUACGAUCACACCAUUAAUUUGUGGGACACACGACUCGGAUUUGAGCAUCCUGUUCAAUCCAGUGAACGUCAUAUUGGAAGUCCUAUAGAGGCAAUGCUUCACACACAUACAAACCUGUUGGCAUGCACGGCUGGAGAUCAAGUGAUAUUGUUCGACAUGCGUAAGGGUCUUUCUACAGUAUUUUUGCAGGAAUCACACCAUACCAAGACGGUAGUGGCCCUCGCAUUUUCGAAGGGAAAUAAUGUGCUUCUCACUGGUUCACUUGACCAACGUGUGAAGUUUUUCUCCUUGGAGAAUGGGGGGCUGGAGCUGCUGGCCAGCAAGAAAUAUGAUGCGCCGGUGACAGCCGUGGCGAUUCAUCCAAGCUCAUCUGAGUUUGCUGUCGGCACUGCAGGGGGAGAUCUUCGCAUCAUGAGGCUUGAGAGUGCGCUUGACCAAAAAAGGGAGGAGGAGGAGGAGGAAGGUGUGCUGAAGGAGGAGGGACUUGAAGGGAAGGAGGAAAAUAAACGAGCCGACUUUUUGACUACAAAGAUGCAUGAUGUGCGACAGCAACUCGUGUCAUAUCAGUACAAUCGGGCCCUAAAGACGGCUCUCUACUCUCGUAACCCGGACGUUAUUGUGUCUACGCUGGAGGAACUUGUCCGUCGAGGUGCUCUACACGUGGCCUUGAGUGGCCAGAACGAUCGGACAGUUGUGCGCAUCCUACGUUUUUCGGUAAACCACGUUGAUUCCCCUCAGUUCUGUGAGUCAAUGAUGAUUGUGCUCGACGUCAUCUUUGAAAUUUACGCGACGUGUGUGGGCAGGAGUAGCUUCCUUCACAGAGAAAUAAUGAUUGCACGUCGGCGGUUGGGGGCUGUUCUCGCGACCCUUCAACGCAUGGAGCAUACCUUGAGCAUAAUGGAGCUAAUAGUAAAUGACGUGUAA